AGUGUUUAUUUUUGUGACACACGCCGCGUCUUGUGACGUUUUCUAGUUGAAACGAUCGAGAUAUGAGUUUUCUAAAAGUUUAAGAAAGGCGACCCUCUUUAGGUUUGGACACCAAUUGGUCAUUUUGUUACAAAUGUCACUUUAUAUUUCAUUAUCGACGUGUGUCGACCGUUAGCCCGCUGGUGCUAACUGUUAGCCCAAAGGCGCCGCAUCAUUUUGCUGUGAGUCCAGGGAUCGACAACAAACAUGGAGCAGACUGGAAGCGUCAACGCAGAUCCAGCUCAGCUUCCUGUCGGACGGUAUACGCGAUGGCGAAACUGGUCUGCGUUCUGGAUCCUGGGAUUGUGCAACAACUUUUCUUACGUGGUGAUGCUCAGUGCUGCCCAUGACAUUCUGAAGAAACAAGAGUCACAACAAAAUGCCACACAGACUUCGUCAGCUGAAGUGUCUGUGGGGUGGAACAGCAGCAACAGCAGCCGUUAUGACUGCAACCCAAUCUCCACCGCGGCUGUACUGGUCGCCGACAUCUUACCAACACUCGUCCUCAAGAUCUUUGCUCCUUUUUUUAUCCACAAAAUGCCUUAUGGCUUCCGUGUGUUAUUCUGCGUUGUCAUGGGGAUGAUGAGUUUCCUCCUGGUUUCCUUCUCCACAGCGGUUUGGUUCAGCAUCAUAGGAGUGAUCUCUGCCAGUAUCAGCUCAGGACUGGGAGAAUUGUCCUUCCUGUCUCUCACCGUCUUCUUCUCCAGAGACAUGGUGGGAGGUUGGUCCUCGGGGACUGGAGGUGCCGGUGUGGCUGGAUCGUUCCUGUACUCGGGCCUCACCCAGGUGGGCCUGUCACCCCGGGUCACCCUGCUCAUAAUGCUGGUGGUACCAGUUGCGAUGUUGGUGAGUUACUUCUUCCUGUUGGCUGCUCCACCGUCGUUACCUCAGUGGAGAAGCCGAGAAAGGGAGUAUACAGCUGUGACAUCCGAGGAGCGCCAGGGGCUGAUGGACCAAUCAGAACAGGAGGAAUGGGACAAAGCACACCCAGGUGCACAAUUUACAAGAGCCGAGUUUGUGCCGUCAGGGUCAGAGGUCAUCAGCUCUGGACCGCUCACCUUCUCAGAGAAGCUGGUCGUCAUCAGAGGUUUACUGAAGUUCACCAUUCCACUGAGUCUGGUCUACUUUGCUGAAUACUUCAUCAACCAGGGCCUGAUGGAGCUCCUGUAUUUCCCCAACUUCUUCCUGUCCCAUUCAGAGCAGUACCGCUGGUAUCAAACUCUGUACCAGGUUGGCGUCCUGCUGUCUCGGUCCUCACUGUGCUGCGUGAAGAUCAGAAAACUCUGGGUCCUGUCGGGGUUACAGCUGGUGAAUGCGAUCCUGCUGCUGUUUGCGGUGCGUUUCCUGUUCCUGCCGAGUGCCUGGCUGGUGUUUGCGAUCGUCCUCUACGAGGGUCUUCUGGGCGGUGCCGCAUACGUCAAUGCUUUUUACUUCAUCAGCAAGGAGAGUGAAGACCGACACAGAGAGUUCGCCAUGGCUGCUGCCAGUGUGGCCGACAGUCUGGGCAUCGCUGUGGCUGCACUGGCUUCGUUCCCCGCCCACAGAUACUUCUGCUCCCUGUGACACGCUGACCACGAAACAACAUAAAGUUUGUAUGUGUGUGUGUGUGUGUUCACACAGUUAUUGUUCCUAAGAUUACAAAUAACUGAGGGCUUAUCUGGUACAUAUGAUACAAACUCAGGCUUUUUUCAGAGUAACGGUGUUGGCUGCUGGGAAGGUUUUCUUUUUCUAUUUAAGAAGAUUUACUUUACCUUAAAGUUUUACUUUUUUUAAGGGAUAAUCAUUAUAAUAACUCUGUGGUUUGAUUGUGGUUUAAAGGGCUCUUUUACCUUACAUUUAUUUUAUUUUCUGAAUGCAAGAAUUACUCAAAAAUCCUGUAAAGUGAACUUAAAUAUUAGUAAAUAAAUAAAUCAGGAAAGUUACCACAUACUUGGCGCCAACAGGGGGCAGCCUGUUGCACCAGGUCAACAAUUUCUCCAAUGUGGAAUCAAUAAAGUUCACGUUAUUGUUAUUUACAUAAUAGCUGCAUAACUGACUGUAAGGAAAGCAAACAUUUUUUUAAAAUCUGUACUGCGAGACUAAAACAUCCAAAAAUGGCCACUGAAGAUUUUAAUAUAUUUAUUUAAAAAAAGAAGUUUUAUUGUAAAAACCUGUAACUGACUCAGUGGUGACUAUUGAUAAAAUCAGCCUCUGUUUUAAGGCAAAAAACAUUAGCCAUAAAACAUAAUCUAGAUAUUAUCAUAAAACUUUUAUUUUGUUUUUAAUUGUUUAAAGUAGAAUUUCAGGGUGUAAAGUAUUCAAUUCAGAACACUUAAGUAACUUAAGUAAACAACGAGAACCCAAGAGCUGACAAUAGGAACAUAACAGAACUUAAUAGUGUUUUUACACACCUUGUGUUUAUUUACCUAUAAUGGUUAGAAUUUUUUUUUUUACUGUGUUUUGCACUUUUCUUGUCUGUUCUAAAAUGUCUGUACAAUUCCAGGUUGUACUCUGUAUUUACUGUACAAUUUUCUGACAUUCCCAUUUCAGUUACUACACUCAUAACCUACUACUGUUGAUUUAAGGAUUUCCUAUUCCAUCAUAUAAAUGUGAAGUGUUCACUCUUUAA